AUGCCAAACCCGGAGAGACAUGGGGGCAAGAAGGACGGGGGCGGCGGGGGGUCCUCGCAGCACGCGCCUGGCUCGAACAGCAAGGAGAGGCACCGGGUGGCCUCCCGGCACAAGAGGCACAAGUCCAGGCACUCCAAGGAGCCGCCGCUGGCAGCCCAGGAGGCCGCGGCUCCCCUGGGCACGGUGAUCAAGCCGCUGGUGGAGUACGAUGACAUCAGUUCGGACUCGGACACCUUCUCGGAUGCUGUGGCUCUCAAGCUGGAGAGGAGGGAGAACGAGGAGAGGAAAGCAGAGAGGAGCGAGAGGGCCCAGAAGCACCGGCACCACCAGCACAAGCGCGUCCGAGAGCUGAUGAAGAGCAAACAGGCAGAGAAGGAGAGGAAGUUGGAAAAGAGCCUGGAGGCAUCCAGCAGGUCCGGGUCCACCAAGGAGAGAAUUUCGGGAUCCUCCAAGAGACUCCUGGAAAGCGAGGAGCGCCCCAAGUCUUUGUCCUCCAAGAGCAGCAACAAGGAGUCCCGCUCGGCCAAAGCACACAAGGAGAAAUCCAGGAAGGACCGGGCUGUGAGGUUGGGAAACGCUCCGUUUCAUGUAUCUCCUCCUUCUCUCCUCAGGAAGUCUGUGAAGUCCCGGAGCAGAAGUCCUGGCUAUUCCAGGCACUCAUCAUCUCACAGCAAGAAGCAGAGGUCUGGCUCCCGCAGCCGCCAUUCCAGCAUCUCCCCGACGCGGCUCCCGCUCAACUCCAGCCUGGGCGCCGAGCUCAGCAGGGAGAAGAAGGAGCGCCGUGCGGCGGCGGCGGCAGCUGCGGCCAAGGUGGAUGGGAAGGAGGCAAAGGGCUCUCCUGUUUUCCUGUCGAGGAAGGAGAACAGCUUAGCUGAUAUUAAGGAGUCUGGAACGGAAUCUAAAAAGGUCAUCAAAACUGUUAAAUCUGAAAAAUCGUCUUCAGAUACGGAAUUAGUUAAUUUGCUGUAUGCAAAUGCAGAGACUAAAGCCCCUGCAGAGACAACAAAAGCUAAGGCAGAGGAGAACUCUGAGAGGAAACAUCCUGUCCCGGUCAGAGAUUCAAAACAGGUGGGAACAAAAGACUUGAAGCCUGUAGCAGUGGUAGAGGACCUCCUAUCUCCAAAAGAGACAGACGCAGCAGAGAAGGAGAUUCCACCCCCACUACCCUCAAUAAAAUCACCUCCUCCACCUCUGCCGACAACCACCCCACCACCUCCAACUCCACCGCUGCCGCCUUUGCCUCCGUCACCUGCUGUUCCACCUCUGCCACCAUCCCAAGUGACCCCUGUUCAGGUCCCUACUUCAGCCCCAACGUCUUUGCCGUCUUCUUCCCACCCAAGGACGUCUACUUUAUCCUCUCAGGUGAACUCUCAGUCCUCUGUCCAAGUCGCUACAAAGCCACAGGUGUCUGUGACGGCUGCUAUCCCACACCUGAAAACUUCAACGUUGCCUCCGCUUCCGCUCCCCCCUAUUUUAGUUGGGGAAGAUGACUUGGAUAGUCCAAAAGAGAUUCUUCCUCCAAAACCUGUGAAGAAAGAUAGAGAGCAGAGACCACGACACUUACUCACGGACCUCCCGCUCCCUCCAGAGCUCCCUGGAGGGGACCCAUCUCCUCCUGACUCCCCAGAACCAAAGGCAGUCACACCACCUCAGCAACCGUUCAAAAAGAGACCAAAAAUCUGCUGUCCUCGGUAUGGGGAGAGGAGACAGACGGAAAGCGACUGGGGGAAGCGCUGCGUGGACAAGUUUGACAUCAUUGGGAUUAUUGGAGAAGGGACGUAUGGGCAGGUGUACAAAGCCAAGGACAAAGAUACAGGGGAGCUGGUGGCUCUCAAGAAGGUGCGACUGGACAAUGAGAAGGAAGGUUUCCCCAUCACCGCCAUCCGUGAGAUCAAGAUCCUGCGGCAGCUGAUCCACCGCAGCGUGGUCAACAUGAAGGAGAUCGUCACAGACAAACAAGAUGCACUGGAUUUCAAGAAGGACAAAGGUGCCUUUUACCUUGUGUUUGAGUACAUGGACCAUGACCUAAUGGGGCUGCUAGAAUCUGGCUUGGUACAUUUCUCAGAGGACCAUAUCAAGUCUUUCAUGAAACAGUUAAUGGAAGGUCUGGAUUACUGUCACAAAAAGAAUUUCCUUCACCGAGAUAUUAAGUGCUCCAACAUCUUAUUGAACAACAGUGGACAAAUCAAACUUGCAGAUUUUGGACUCGCCCGACUCUACAGCUCAGAGGAGAGCCGCCCGUACACAAACAAAGUCAUUACCUUGUGGUAUCGACCUCCAGAACUGCUGCUAGGGGAGGAGCGUUACACACCAGCCAUAGAUGUGUGGAGCUGUGGCUGUAUCCUCGGGGAACUGUUUACAAAGAAGCCUAUUUUUCAAGCCAAUCUGGAACUGGCUCAGCUUGAAUUAAUCAGCCGGCUCUGCGGGAGUCCCUGCCCAGCUGUGUGGCCAGAUGUGAUCAAGUUGCCCUACUUCAACACCAUGAAGCCCAAGAAGCAAUAUCGGCGGCGCCUGCGGGAGGAGUUCUCCUUCAUUCCCUCAUCUGCCCUGGACCUGCUGGACCACAUGCUGACCCUGGACCCUGGCAAGCGCUGCACAGCAGAGCAGGCCCUGCAGAGCGACUUCCUGAGGGAUGUUGACCUCAGCAAAAUGGCACCUCCAGACCUUCCCCACUGGCAGGAUUGCCACGAGCUGUGGAGCAAGAAGCGGCGGCGGCAGCGGCAGAGCGGGAUGGCCCUGGAGGAGCCGCCGGUAUCUAAAGUUUCUCGGAAAGAAACUACCUCUGUUACCAGCACAGACACUGUCAAAAACAACAGCAGUCCUGUGCCCCCACAGCCUGCCCAGCUCAAAACAGAGCCUGGUGCUGGAGAUGCAGUAGGCCUUGGAGAAAUCACCCAGCAGCUGAACCAGAGCGAACUGGCUGUUCUGCUGAACUUGCUGCAGAGCCAGACUGAUCUGAGUGUCCCACAGAUGGCCCAGCUGUUGAACGUGCAUUCUAACCCAGAGAUGCAGCAGCAGCUGGAGGCUCUCAACCAGUCCAUCAAUGCCCUGACAGAAGCCACCACGCAGCAGCAGGAGCCCCCGGUGGCAGCAGCAGAGGAAGCCAUAGAGGAGCCGCCCGCUGAGGCCCAGCUCCUGGAGGAGCAGGUGACUCCAGAAGCAGCCAGUGCUCAGGGAGAUGUGCAGAAUGUGCUGGCUGUCCUGCUGAGCCAGCUGAUAAAAGGCCAGGAGCCUGUCCUAACUCUGGAGGAGAGCAAUGGGGAGAAGAGCAGCGAGCAACGGGGGCCGAGGAAAACCCCCACCGUGCACCCAGAGGAAAGCACAGAGAAGAGACCCCCCGAGCCCCCGGGACCGCCGCCGCCGCUCUCGGAAGGGGAUCUGUCCAGCGCCGCCCCGGAGCUCAACCCGGCCGUGACGGCUGCUCUGCUGCAGCUCUUUUCCCAGCAAGAGGCAGAAUCCCACGGCCACCCCACCCAGGAACACCCCACUUCCAGAGCCCCGGACUACGGCCGCUCCCACUCCUCCAGGACUUACAGCACCGAGGGCUCAGAGGGGGGAUUUGGUACCGAGGAGCUGAAUUCGGGCCAGACGCUACUAGAACCCUCUGCCCAACCUCUGGGGAAAAGCAGGACCUUCUUGGGCUCCGUGAGCCACCUCGGGGAGACGAGCAAUUACCAGGGGACAGGAUCUGUCCAGUUUCCAGGGGACCAGGACCUGCGCUUCGCCAGAGUCCCCGUCGCCGUGCACUCGGUGGGUCAGUCCUUCAGCAAAGCCGAGGGGAGCAACAACACCUUGGUUCAUCCAGAGGCCAAAAUCCAAACUUACGGCGAGUUGGGGCCGGGAAGCGCCGGUUCCAGCGGGGCAGGGACAGGUCCCCAACCCUGGGGUGCCCCAACCCAGGCGACUCCUCCCUACGGGAAGUUCCGAGGGCCUGGCAGAGUGCCUCCGCGGGGGGGGCGGGGGAGAGGGGUUCCUUACUGA